CACCAUUUUCGAGAUUGCAAUGCAUGGUCUGAUAAGCGAACUAAAACUUCAGUUCAGUUCAUCGAUAUUUUCAAUAUUUUUGUUUUUUCAUUUUUCUGUAGUUUAUUGAAAGUAAUGCGACUAUCAACAUAAUUUUGUGUCAAUUUGGGUUGUGAACCAACGUCGAAUACAGGAGAAAUUUUUAAGAAAUGCCGAAAAUGAUUGUUCUUUGACUUUGAAAUACCAAGUACUGUCGCCAUCACUCACUUCGUUUUCAAAAUGGAUGAGCAAAUUUGCCCUAGGUGUAAAACAAGUCGUUAUAGAAAUCCUUCCUUGAAGUUGAUGGUCAAUGUUUGUGGUCAUACAUUAUGUGAAAACUGUGUAGAACUACUCUUUAUAAAAGGUUCCGGAAGCUGCCCGGAGUGUGGCGUUUCUCUAAAGAGAAGUAACUUUCGGCUACAGCUCUUCGAAGAUGCUUCUGUUGAAAAAGAAGUUGAUAUAAGAAAACGAAUUCUGAAAGAUUAUAAUAAGAAAGAAGAAGAUUUCGAAACGUUACAAGACUACAAUGAUUAUUUAGAAGAAGUUGAAACCAUUAUAUACAAUUUGACUAACAACAUCGAUAUCGCUGAAACUACUCGGAAAAUAGAGCAGUAUAAGAAAGAAAAUAAGGAGAUAAUUUUGCGAAAUAAGAUGAAGUAUAACAAAGAAGCUUUAGAACUGGACCGGUUACUCGAAGAAGAACGACAGUACGAGCACGAUAAACGUGAAGCGAUAGAAAAGCAAGAAAUAGAAGUUAAGCGUCGAAAAAUCAUGGAAAAAGAGGCGUUAAUAGACGAAUUGAUGUUCUCUGAUACUAGUGCUCGAGAAAUUUUGAAUUUCUUUGCUGAAAAUAAAACACAAGUUAAAAAGGAAACCGUGGAUGAUACAGAGAAACCGCUGAAGAAAGAAUCCAGGAAGAUCAAUUAUUUCUCUACCGGUUUGAAAAUAGGAGAUACCAACCAUUUAUACGCUACUUCAGUUCCUAAAAUUGAAGAAGGUCCGCUGUAUGUCUACGUGGAGCCGACAUUUACAGUGGAUGGUCCCAUGUUCCCUGCUUGGGGCCAAUUGGAAAGUGCAGGUUAUUUACAACAUGUAAGGCAAGAAACUGCUGAUGAAAGAGCUGGUGGUUACGUUUCCUCUUUAGCGUGUAUGCGAGCUUUACAAGAAGCCAUGUUUGGCUUAUAUAAUGUUUCAAAAAAACCCGAAGUUACUUGAUGAUUUAUUUGUUUUUGUUCUUGCGUAUUAUUUUUCGUAAUAUUUCUUUUGUUUAGUUAUGUUUCAAAAAUGUGAUUCAGUUAUAUAAAUUUAUUGUAUUUGUACGGCAUAAAAGCAAUUCAAUACCUUUCAAGCAUUUCAUAAAGACAAUAGAAAAUGUUUAUUCAUUCUAAAUAAUUACAAUUAUUACAAAAAUGCGGUAAAAUUUAACUCUUUGUAGCUUGCAUAACGAAUAAUUUGGCCAAAGACUGCGAACAGAAUUUCGAAAUAUGCUCUCCAUAAGCUUCCACUUGACUAGCCAUCAACAUGGGAGUGAGCCUAGCAGGAACAGGGAUUGGUUUGAACAUUUUAUUAAGAUCUUCUUCCGGAAGCGGCGGUUCUUUCUUGAGAGCACGCGCGGCGUUUUCUUGAG